AUGCAGCUAGCGAUUGCGCUCUACAAUAAUGAUGUCGAUGACGAAGAUGAAUUAGAAUUUCGUAAAGGUGAUAUUUUAACUGUAUUGAUUGAAAAUCCGAAUGGUCUCAACGGUUGGUGGUUAUGUCAGCAUAAGGGAAAAUGUGGUUUAUGUCCAGGAAAUCGAUUAAAACUUAUUUCAACAAGUACAUCAACUUCAUCGACAAAUGAAUCAAAUGAACCACAACGUUCCUCUCCUUGUCUAUCAACAGCUUCAAUGUACGAUAGUUUGUCCAAUGAUUAUGAUAUUCCUGUCACAGCACCAAUCUUACUAUCCACAGUAACCGACGAUCAUGACUACGAUAUUCCGCAAGGAUCAUCAGAUUUCUAUUCGAAUUCAAGUACUCCAACGCCAAUUGAUUCAUCUCCUGAAUCAUCAUCACGCUCGUCCGGAAUCUAUUCCACUAAUGACCUUCGUCUAUCCGAUCUCUCAACAUCAUCAUCAUCGUCAUCAUCUGAAUUUCACACAUUAAUUCUGAACGGUAACACUCAUAGUCAAUUAUUAUCAUCGACUGAUAUCGAUCAAUUACAAGUAUCGUUUCGAAAAUUAUCGAUACGUUCGUUACUUCUUGAAAAAUAUCGUCAACUGCUGUUAAAUUCGAAUAUCGAGUCAAUCAAUCGUCUAUUUAUUAAUGAAUGUCGAAUAUUUCUUCAUGACUACGGUUGUUUAUUAGAUCGACAUACUUAUAAAAUUUUCAAACAAAAUUUACUCUUUGAAUUGGAACAUGUGACGAAUAAUAAUCAACGAAUUGUUCAAUUAGCAACGCAAAUCUUGCAGUUAAUCAAGCCGAUUCUCGAAAUGCGUGUCAAACAGAAAAGUUCCAGUGUCCCAUCAAUACCCAUUGAUGUGUUCAAAAAGUUAAAUCUCGAACCAAUCGAAGAAAUCAUCAACGAAAAUGAAAAUAAGAAACUACCAACAUCAAUGUCUACAACACAAAUCUAUGGAUCUUUUCAAAACCGUAAAUCAAAAGUUCAUUCUCGUACGUCACAAUUACCAACAUCUCGAACGUGUCAUUCAAACUUUCUCUCAGAAUUGAGUAACAAAGAUAAUCAGUCCGAUGAUUAUGAUUAUAUCGACGAUGAUUAUUCGACUGUUUCUUCAACAUCUGCGGCAGAUCCGUUAGUCAAAUGUUACUAUCGACAUAUUCGCGAGCACAUCGCAUCCAUAUCGAUGCGUUAUACGCGUUUGUCUCAAUUAAAUCAACGUCCGAAUGAUGCAAAUACAAUGACAACAUUAAUAACGGACAGUAAAGCAUUGAUUAUUGCUGGACAUAAGCUUGUUUUUGUCUUGGAAACUUUGCAUGAACAUCUUCGGCAUUCGACUAAACUUCAGCAAACACAAACACCAUUAAUCUCCCUAACGAAACAAUUAUGUGACGGUUUAACAUCGUUUGUUCGAUUAUUAAAACAAUUUACAAAUCAAAACUGUACAAAUAUGCAACAAUUUCAACAUGACACUCAAUUAAUAAUGAAUUCAGUCAAGAAAAUUCAACAACAAUGUAGUUCAAUUUAA